AUGGGGGGAGACCCCACGAAGUGCAACCAAAGUCUUCAUUACCAGUACCACCAAGGACGAGGGCAUACUACAGAAAAUUGCAGGACUUUAUGGAGCCACCUAGAGCAAUUAGUUAAGGCAGGAAAGUUGAAGCAAUUCCUGUAUCAACCCAACGGACAGGGUGGUCAGACAGGGUCAGGGGCUCAGAGAGAUGCUUCCGCAAGACCACCUUUAGGUACAAUCAAUGUCAUUCUUGCUGCUUUGGGAAGGACUAGUUCUCAGCCAUCCAGGGUGAUGUCUGUAGCUCGGCCAUUUGCUGAUGGCUCAUCCCUUAAUCCGAAGAGGAGUAGAAUGGAAGUCCAGCCGGCUUUAAACUUUUCGGAUGAGGACAAGGUCGGGACCUUGCAGCCACAUGGUGAUGCCCCAGUGGUCACCCUCAGGAUAGGUGGGUACAAUGUGAAGAAAGUGUUGGUAGAUCAGGACAGUGGCGCAAAGAUCAUGUAUCCUGACAUAUUUAAGGGACUGAAGCUGAGGUCCGAGGACCUGACCUACUAUAAUUCCCCUCUAAUAGGGUUUGAUGGGAAGAUUGUCCUUCCAAAAGGCCAAAUUCGAAUACCCAUUCAAACAGGGACAGAGGUCGUGAAGGUGAACUUCAUCGUGGUAGAUGUUUACUCUUCCUACACUUCUAUUAUGGCAAGGCCUUGGCUUCACACUAUGGGAGUUGUACGUUCCACCCUGCACCUGAAGGUGAAGUAUCUGUCUAGGGAUUAG